UCACCUGUUGACCUGCCGCUGACGAUGACAGGACUCCGGCUGGAGUUUUGACAGAUGCCCGCUGCUGCAGAGGAACCAGUCCAAACCUAACGAAGGCGGGGUUAAAGAAAAAACAAGGAAUUUCCUGGUGAGCUACGACAACACAGGAAGAUGAACGUGGGCGUCGCUCACAGCGAGGUGAACCCCAACACGCGGGUGAUGAACAGCAGAGGGAUCUGGCUCACGUACCUGCUGCUGACCGUCGUGCUGCACAUCGUCCUGCUCAGCAUCCCGUUCUUCACCGUGCCGCUCGUCUGGACUCUCACCAACGUCAUCCACAACCUGGUGAUGUACCUGUUUCUGCACACGGUGAAGGGAACUCCCUUCGAGACUCCGGAUCAGGGCAAAGCUCGUCUGCUCACUCACUGGGAGCAGAUGGACUACGGGGUCCAGUUCACAUCUUCUCGCAAGUUCCUCACCAUCUCACCGAUUGUUCUGUACAUUCUCGCCAGUUUCUACACAAAAUACGACGCCACGCAUUUCCUGAUCAACACGAGCUCCCUGCUGAGCGUCCUGCUCCCGAAGCUGCCUCUGUUUCACGGAGUACGGAUAUUUGGGAUCAACAAGUACUAACUGAACUCUGGAUUCUACCACGACACUGUUUCUGCUGAACUCUUUAAUGUUUAGAGGUGGAGGAGUCUGUACAGACUGGAGUAAUAUAUGCUGCAGAGCGCUGACAGCGAGCGCACUGCUGCUGUUCUAUCAACGUAGUUUUUUUACUCGCCUGAUGUUCGUCGACACUUUGGCUUCAAGAAAGAAUCUGCACGGCUUUACGUGACGAUGAUCUCUGGUGAUCUCUGAAGAUCUCUGGCGAUCUCCGGUGAUCUCUGAAGAUCUCCGGUGAUCUCUGGUGAUCUCUGAAGAUCUCCGGUGAUCUCUGAAGAUCUCCGGUGAUCUCUGGUGAUCUCUGAAGAUCUCUGGUGAUCUCCGGUGAUCUCUGAAGAUCUCCGGUGAUCUCUGGUGAUCUCUGAAGAUCUCCGGUGAUCUCCGGUGAUCUCUGGUGAUCUCUGAAGAUCUCCGGUGAUCUCCGGUGAUCUCUGGUGAUCUCUGAAGAUCUCCGGUGAUCUCUGAAGAUCUCUGGUGAUCUCCGGUGAUCUCUGAAGAUCUCCGGUGAUCUCCGGUGAUCUCUGAAGAUCUCUGGUGAUCUCCGGUGAUCUCUGAAGAUCUCUGAAGAUCUCUGAAGAUCUCUGGUGAUCUCUGGUGAUCUCUGAAGAUCUCCGGUGAUCUCUGAAGAUCUCCGAAGAUCUCCGAAGAUCUCCGGUCUGUUACAAGCUGCACGUCUGUAAACUGUUGGUGCCAUAAAUGUGAAUGACUUCAUGGCGGCCGUGUGGUUCGUGUUCUUGAUCUACGAUGAAGGGUGUACACGCAGCACGUGUACUUUGUAUUUCCCACCUUCAACAUGAGAGUUGAGUUUUAUUACAGAUGAAUCUGAGUGUUUAAACGUCUUCUGUCACUUUAACAGGAUAUAAAAGAGAUCUGAGUUCUGAGGUUAUUAAUCCGUCCAGACUUCGUGCUGUGCACUCGUCUCCGCUCCACAUGUAGAGAAGCGUGUUUGUGUGGAGGUUUGUGGGGAACUCCAGACACUUUACAUGAGGGGGCGUCACAAUAUGCCCGUAUACCCCCCCCGAGGUUUCCCUGCUGGUGGCGUUGUGGUUUUUUAGGGAAGUAAGACGUCGUAAACGCAGCUCAUGUGAUUACUGUGCAGCUGGACACGCAUGCAGACAAUCAGCUGUUUCUGCAGACGCUGCGAGGACGCGAGUGUCCGUCCAGAAACCGCCAUCAAAGUUUAAAUCAAUGUUACAUUUUUAAAUAAACUUCAGUCCUGAUCUUAA